UGUUCGCGGAACGGGAGCUUAGUAUCCUCGGGAGAGUUAACCGAAGCAGGAGUACACGCCUUUUGCGAUGUCGCAUAAAACAGGACUCCCCCGAUGUGAACCGCCCCAGUUGGAGUGUUUUCAGUGCCGUUGGUGGUUCUGCUGAGAACGAAUAAUGCUGGAUGCGAUGUACCACAAUAGUGAUUCCCGGUCGGUGAGCAAUUUCGAGCUGAAAGCCAUCAAUGCCAUCGAUAAUCGGAGGAUAUGUCGAGGGCUGAAAAGUUUGUUCCUUGAGUACUGUUCGAACAGUUCGAUCCAUGGCGUGAGGUAUUUCGGCUGCAGACGACGGACUCCCUGUGAAAAAAUCUGGUGGAUGGUAACAUUCUUCCUCUCGUUGUACGGUUGUGGGCGGCUGAUACAUAACGUUUACGUCAAAUGGGACCAAACGCCUGUGAUUGUGAGUUUCAACGAAAAAAGCACCCCGGUUUGGCAGAUUCCGUUUCCUGCAAUCACUGUUUGUCCGGAAACGAAGACGAAGUUCAAAUAUCUGGAUUUUACGGAGGCAUUUCACAUGGUGUAUUCCAAUGAUAGCAGUGGUUUGGAUGGGGAAAGGUUGAGCCGCCUCCAAGCGGUUGCCCAAGUUUGCGACGCCCACAUAUUCGAUAGUUCUGUUUUUAACCAAACCUACGACAGCGAGUGUGUGAAUUGGUUGAAAAAUGUUUCCGUUUCCGACGCAGAGAUGCUGAUGAUCUGCAGAUGGCGCAAUGAUGUGCGUGGUUGUGACGAUAUUUUCUCUACGACAAUAACGGAGGAAGGUCUCUGCUAUACGUUCAACGCCGUUGCCUCCGAUGAAUUGCUGAGGCAGGAGGAAUUGCACGGCGAUUAUCCUUACAUGACAGCGAAUACCAGCUCGCCACAAUGGACACUGGAGAAUGGCUAUACCGAGCAUGCUGACAUUGACACUUACCCUGUCAGAGUGCUCGGAGCGGGUGCGAGAGCAGGGUUAAACCUUUUACUGAGACUGUACGAAUAUGAUCUGGAUUAUUUGUGCAGAGGGCCUGUGCAAGGAUUUAAAGUUCUACUGCAUCCAUCCAGCGAGUACCCUCAGGUAUCCAAGCAGUACUUCCGCGUUCCACUUAACCAAGAAGUAAUCAUCUCGGUGAAGCCACAAAUGAUAACCACUUCCGACGGUUUACGAGAUUAUGCUCCCCACCGCCGCCAAUGUUACUUCAAUCAUGAGCGCCGGCUAAAGUACUUCAAAGUCUACACGCAACAAAAUUGCGAACUGGAAUGUAGAGCCAACUAUACGCUGCAGACGUGUGGGUGUGUGAAAUUUUCGAUGCCACGGGACGCCAACACGGAGGUAUGCGGCGCCACUAAGAUACAGUGCUACAAUGAGGCUGAGGAUGCGCUACUGGGCCAGGAUGUGAUGUACAAUGUGGACAAACGCUACGAUUUUGGGGCCAAGUGUGACUGUCUGCCGGCGUGCACCUCGGUACAGUACGACGCCGAAAUUUCGCAAGCAGAUUUCAACUGGAAGGAUCUGUUCCUGGCGUACAAGAGUCCACUCGAUGAGUUUCCAGGCGUUCAACUUGCCCGGCUCACCGUCUACUUCAAGGAGUCCCAAUUCAUAACCUCAAAGCGUAGCGAGCUGUACGGCAUAACUGACUUUCUGGCGAAUUGUGGCGGGCUGCUCGGACUGUUCAUGGGAGUCAGCCUGCUGAGUCUGGCGGAGAUCGUUUACUUCUGCUCGAUUCGGCCCUUUACCAUUCUCAGAGCGUACCGAUCGAAACACGCUCCGGCGACGCCUGCUGCGUUCGCGCCGCCAGUGUUUGACAUAGAGAAACCGAAGGGCAGCUAGGCGGUGCUGUUUGUAAACGUGGGGCCAAUCGGUGGCUUCUCGACUGGUCUGGUCUUCUGAGCUGUGGUCUAGGAUUAAUUAUCUGCUGUUUAACAUACGGAUUUUCAAUAUAAGCUCAUAGAUCACAAGAAUCAAUUAUGUGUAA